AUGAAAUCAGCAAUUAAAUCUGAUGAGCCUAUUAUUUCAAAUGAUUAUGUGACGUGCUAUGCAGAUCGUUUAGUCAUUCAUUUAUAUUAUUUUCCAUAUGGAAACAAAACAAUACAAUAUCGUGAUAUUCAAUCAUGUGAUUUACUUCGAAUGAGUGAUUUAAGUAUCUGGAAGAAAAAAAUGUGGGGAAUGGCAUUAUCAGCAGUUUGGUGGCAUUCAGAUAUACGUCGUCAUAAUCGAGAAUAUUAUAUUCUUUUAGAUGCAAAUCAAUGGCCUAAAAUAGGUGUUACAAUGGAUGAUAAUCAAAUUAGCGAUGUUUAUAAAGUUAUCAUACAACAGAUCAAUACAAAUCAAUCAGAGAAGAAACCAUUUGAUCACAACGAAAAACUAAAUGCUAAUACGAAUAGUUCAAUAUCAGAAGAGAAAAAUAUAUAUACUAAAUGA